AUGGAUAUUUCUAUUGAAUUUCAAAGUAAUGAAUUGGUUAGUAACACUGAAUCAUCUGAACCAAGUAUUAACUCUGAUCCUGCUACUUGGCCCUCAUUUUUAACAUCAAAACAAAUUGACUAUAUAGUAGUAACUGGUCCCGAAAUAUUUACAGAAUUUUCGAGUAUUCAACUAGAUCAUGAAAAAAGACAUUUUUCUGAGAUUCAUUUUUAUCGACAUCUUUCUAAUGGAGAAAAAUUACUUAGGCGUUGGUUAAUUUACUCAAAAUCAACGUGGAAAAUAUUUUGUUUCUGUUGUAAAUUAUUUGAUAGAACUCCGAAGUCAAAUUUGGCAAUUUGUGGGUUUUCUGAUUGGCGUAACGUAUCUGCUGCACUUACUGUACACGAAACAGCGCCUAAUCAUUUUAAGGCUUAUGGUACAUGGAUAGAAAUAGAAAAACGGUUAAAACUAAAUAAAACAAUAGAUUCAGAGCACCAGCGAAUUACGAACAUGGAAACUGAUUAUUGGGUAAAAGUUUUGGACCGUUUGUUAUCAGUAACUUUAUAUUUAUCAAAGAAUAAUCUAGCGUUUCGAAGAAGUUCAGAUAAAUUUUAUACUCAAAGUAAUGGAAAUGUUUUAAGUUUAGUUGAAGUUUUGGUUGUAUCAGAUGCUGCAUCUUGUUCUAUAAAUUCAAUUACAGUUUUCGGCGUACUCCAAAGAAUUUAUGUAUUGUUUUCAUCAUCGGUAAAUCGAUGGAAAAUUUUAACUGACAAUAUAAAAGGGCUGACCGUGAAACCUCUGAGUGACACAAGAUGGGAAAGUAGAAUCAACAGCGUAAAAGUUGUUCGUUUUCAAACUGAACAAAUUUACAAUGCGCUUAUUAAACUAUACGAAGUUGAAAACAUAGUUGCUGGAACGCGCCAUGAAGCUGUUUCGCUUGCUGAUCAACUUACAGAUUUUAAGUUUCUAAUAUCAUUAGCUGUUUGGUACGAUAUUCUUUUUCAAGUAAAUCUAGUUAGUAAAAGUAUGCAAGCAAAAGCAAUGGACUUAAUAAAUGGUUUUAAUAUGUUAAAAAGUGCUUUAGAAUUUAUCAAGAACUAUAGAGACCAAUUUGAUCAGAUUUUGGUAAAAGCAAAAGCAAUAGCAGAUGAAUUAGAGGUGGAUUCUGAAAUAAAAGUAGUUCGGAAGCGUAUAAAUAAAAAACACUUUGACUAUGAGCGUUCAGAUGAUACUGAUCAUAGAACUGUACUCGAAAAAUUUAAACAUGAAUUUUUUUACACAUUAAUAGACGUUGUUACUACAUCAUUGACAGAUCGUUUUGAAAUUUUAAAGAUCCAUGUUGAUUUAUGGAAUUUUUUGUACGAUUUAAAAAAUGCACCUGAAAAUGAAAACGAUUUAUUGAAACAUUGUAUGGAUCUACACAAUCACCUUAAAGAUGGAUCUGACUCUGAUAUUGAUGGUGUCGAAUUAUGCACAGAAAUUGUGAACAUCAAGCAAUUGUUAAUUUCUUGUUUUUACAUUGCUUUAAGAUUAUUAUUGACGUUACCAAUGACAGUAGCUAGUGGUGAGCGGAGUUUCUCAAAAUUAAAACUCAUAAAAACAUACUUGCAAUCUACUAUGGCUAAUGAACGUUUAGUCUCACUAUCGGUUUUAUCUAUAGAAAACGAAAUAGCUGCGGAAAUUGAUUUUUCUACAAUUACAGGACUGAUAGUGAGUCACUUAAAUCACUAA